AUGAAUGAAAACGAACAGUUACACGAACGAAGCACACAAGCGCCUCCGAUGAUUCAUCUACCGAGAAGGAAAUAUAACGGGGGCAGCUUUUGUUCCCGGCGACGGGAAAAGGGACCUUCGAGGGGGAGUAACGAAAGCAGCAAGGGCUACUUAAGCAGCUCCUGCACUUCUUCUGUCUUGGAAGGAAGGUGCGAAGGUGGGGAAUCAAAAGGAGGCUUCCAGUCUCCGAUUUUUGUUCCGGGGAAACAGCCACUUCGGUCGUUUUGCUCUCGCUGGUUGAAAGGGGUGUUUGUGGGAUUGGCACUCGACAGAAGUAGUAUGAGGAGGAGGAGGAGGAGUAUCAUGGCGGCCGGCAGCCUCUUCUUUUGGCCGGUGGUGAACAGGGGGGAAAGAAGGAGGGCAACGUUGUAGCCAUCGAACAAGAGGGGGUGUAUUGGUUGCUCCAAUCGAAAGGAAAGGGGGUAGAAGAGAGGCUGUCGCCUCCUUGUUUUCACUGGGAAUCAACACACCUCGGUGUGUUUCUGAACAGCCAAUGUGAAAAAAAAAAAAAAAAGAGAGAGAGAGAGAGAGAGAGAGAGAGAGGGGUCGAGAGUUUUUGUGGGAAUAAGGUG